GCAGAUUGCCGGCGAACCGGCCCCGAGUGGGUCCGGGUUUGGGGUGGGACACGUCUCCGGACGCGGAGGGCGACGAACAGCUGUCUAGGCCGGAUCUCUGGCAGUAUUGCCUUGCUUCAGAGUGUUAGCCCGAACAUCACGAUUUUUCCGGCUCUCUUUCAAGUCCGCUAAACUCUAACCGGAACUCUUCACCUCCUGGACUCGGAGCAUUGAUAGAGGGGUAUUAUGGGCCUCCAGAUCCUCGCGCCCAUUCAUUUUGCAAACAUUCACGGUCGCGAUGGCUCAGCCCCGGUCCUUACCCUAAAGGAAGGAGUUCCCAGAUUAGCCAGGUGGACUGGCAGAGGAAGUGGACGACAAAGUUCUUCAUGCUGCUUUCAUCCCUUUUGGAGACAUCACAGAUAUUCAGAUUCCUCUGGAUUAUGAAACAGAAAAGCACCGAGGAUUUGCUUUUGUUGAAUUUGAGUUGGCAGAGGAUGCUGCAGCAGCUAUCGACAACAUGGUACGGCUGGGAAUCUUCAUUCUUACUAAAGCUUUUUGGUGGUACAGAGGGUCCUUGUUCAUAUAUUGGUUUGCUGAACCUCCAAAGUUACAAGGGUGGACCUACAAAGUUACAUGGCGAAAAUGAAUCUGAACUCUUUGGACGGACAAUUCGUGUCAAUUUGGCCAAACCAAUGAGGAUUAAGGAAGGCUCUUCCAGACCAGUUUGGUCAGAUGAUGACUGGUUGAGGAAGUUUUCUGGGAAGACUCUUGAAGAGAAUAAAGAGGAAGAAGGGUCAGAGCCUCCCAAAGUGGAAACCCAGGAGGGAGAGCCCACUGCAAAAAAGGCCCGGUCAAACCCUCAGGUGUACAUGGACAUCAAGAUUGGGAACAAGCCAGCCGGCCGCAUCCAGAUGCUCCUGCGUUCAGACGUCGUUCCCAUGACAGCAGAGAACUUCCGGUGCCUGUGCACCCACGAGAAGGGCUUUGGCUUCAAGGGCAGCAGCUUCCACCGCAUCAUCCCCCAGUUCAUGUGCCAGGGCGGCGACUUCACGAACCACAACGGCACCGGUGGCAAGUCCAUCUACGGGAAGAAGUUUGAUGACGAAAACUUCAUCCUCAAACACACGGGGCCAGGCCUGCUCUCCAUGGCCAACUCCGGCCCGAACACCAACGGCUCCCAGUUCUUCCUGACGUGUGACAAGACGGAUUGGCUGGAUGGCAAGCACGUGGUGUUUGGGGAGGUCACGGAAGGCCUGGACGUCUUGCGGCAGAUUGAGGCCCAGGGCAGCAAGGACGGGAAGCCCAAGCAGAAGGUGAUCAUCGCCGACUGUGGGGAGUACGUGUGACGGGCGCUGUCUCUGUGCUGCCCCUGCGUAUCCAGGAGCGUCAGCCCCGGGGAGCCAGCACCUGAGGAUGUCCCGUUUGCAGCAAGCAGGGCUUUGUGCCAGGGCCCUUCCUCGAGCCAGCGUGGGCAGCUCUGCUGCGGGCACGGCCUGGGCUCACUCUGGGCUCUUGCCCAAGCGUGGCUGUGGGCCCACAGCCAACACUGGUGCCGCCCUCCACACUGUGGACGGCCGUGCAUGGCCUUUCUGUGGCCUCUGUGCCAGGGCCUCUCCUGGGCCCUUGAGUGUGGCUCCUGGACGCUCCUUCUGGUGAAAUAAAUCCUAGUUCUUGUUCUGCUGCCUACAGCGAAUUCCUGGGAGCUGUCAGAGAUGGCACGGAAGGCCGCGCUGUCCCGCUGAGACAGGUUGGCGAAGGGAUGGGGCACAGCGUCUUCCCCACAGCUUUUCUUUCCUCCCUUGGGCGGAUUCCCUGAAAUGCCAGGGGAUCUAUCUCUGAGCCAGAUACCCUUGUCAGACCAUUGUCGAGACAGUGGGAUCGAAGAUAGUGGGAAAGUUCCCGUCUCGUGCUGCCUCUCCUCCUGACCCCCUGCCGGCCCAUCAUAGAGGCAGCAAGUGGACUCUCCAGUCCCAGCGGUCACUGGUUUAUUUGUUCACUUUCAUUCUACACAGUUUUUAAAUGAUAUUUUAUAACUCAAAGUGCCUCCUGCGUGCCAGGUACUGUACUUAUUCGUCAGGAGACAGGAACUCAGCAAACCCCGUGGGCCUAAGCCAGCCUACAGCCAGCUUGUUUUUGUGAAGAAAGUAAAAUAAAUAAAAUGCAGCCACAUCUGUUUCUUUA